GUGAAUUCAGAACCAAUUCUCCGUUUAUCCUCUCAAUUCAACUCUGCCGCUUUCAACCGGCCGACACAAAACUAUUCCUCCGUUUCGUAAAACCCAUCUCAAAUUUCAUCCAAGAUCCCAUUUUUAAUCAAUAUUUCUUCACGAAUCACGCCCCCAGAUGAAGCAAAAGCAUCAAUUCCAACCCCUUUCCCACACCCACAUUACAAUUUCUUGAAUUCGGCCUUUCCCCGUUCCAGCUCAGGCCGCCCAGAAUUCUCCAUGAUAGGCCGCCUUCUCGGCCCGCGCCGGGCCCGCCAGCUGCAGCGGUUCGUACGCAACGGUAAGCUCACAAUCUUCUGCCUUUUCCUCACCGUCAUAAUGCUUCGCGGAUACCUUGGCGCCGGAAGGUUCGGGACGCCGGAGAAGGAUCUCGACGACAUCCGCGAAACCCUCUCCUUCAUCCGCAAUCGGGCCGAGCCGCGGAGGGUCCUCGAAGAGGCUUCAAUCUCGGCUCAGGGGGGCCUGAAAUCUGCCGAGAAUGCCGGAGCUGGGAGCAACAAUUAUGCUGCUUUUGACAUUACUAAGAUUUUUAGGGAUGAGGAUGAUGGCGCUGAGGAAUUCAAUCGUGAUCCUUCGCAGCCGUAUAGCCUCGGCCCGAAAAUAUCGGAUUGGGACGAGCAGCGGGCCGAGUGGCUGCAGAGGCACCCUAAAUUCCCCAAUUUUUUACGUGAGCAUAAGCCUAGGGUUCUGCUGGUGACGGGGUCGUCUCCGAAGCCGUGUGAGAAUCCGGUGGGGGAUCAUUACCUGUUGAAGUCGAUCAAGAACAAGAUUGAUUACUGCAGGCUUCAUGCGAUUGAGAUUUUCUACAAUAUGGCAUUGCUGGAUGCUGAAAUGUCUGGAUUUUGGGCUAAGCUGCCAUUGAUUAGGAAGCUCAUGCUGUCUUACCCUGAGGUGGAGUUUCUGUGGUGGAUGGAUAGCGACGCCAUGUUUACGGAUAUGGCGUUUGAGCUUCCGUGGGAGAGGUACAAGGACGUGAAUUUCGUGCUGCAUGGGUGGGAUCAUAUGAUCUAUGGUGAUAAGAACUGGAUUGGGUUGAACACUGGCAGCUUCUUGCUGAGGAAUUGCCAGUGGUCUUUGGACCUUCUUGACACGUGGGCACCCAUGGGGCCGAAGGGGAAGGUCAGGGAGGAGGCGGGGAAGGUCUUGACGAGGGAACUCAAGGGCAGGCCGGUGUUUGAGGCCGAUGAUCAGUCUGCAAUGGUGUAUAUUCUGGCCACGCAGAAGGAAAAGUGGGCUGACAAGGUUUAUCUUGAGAGUGCGUAUUAUUUGCACGGUUAUUGGGGGAUUUUGGUGGAUAAGUACGAGGACAUGAUCGAGAGUCACCACCCUGGUUAUGGUGAUCACAGGUGGCCUUUAGUCACGCAUUUUGUGGGCUGCAAGCCUUGUGGGAAGUUUGGGGAUUAUCCCGUUGAGCGUUGCUUGAAACAGAUGGACCGAGCAUUCAACUUUGGAGAUAACCAGAUUCUGCAGAUGUAUGGAUUCACUCAUAACUCUCUUGGCAGUAGGAGAGUGAGGAGGAUACGGAAUGAGACGAGCAAUCCUAUUGCAAUGAGAGAUGAGCUCGGAUUGCUUCACCCUGCAUUCAAAGCAGCGAAGGUGUGAUCUUAUUGACUUCUCAAGUGGAAAGAGGAUGUAUAUAUGAUGGAUCAGAAUCAUUAGUUGUGAGUGAUGAUGACACUUUUAGCUCAUGAGAUUUUGCUGGGCUUCUUCGAUUUUCAUUGGUUUGGUAAUUAGUAGAUGUUAAUUUGGGAUUUCUACUGUGAAAUAGUAUAACUCCAUAACCAUUUGAGCAUAGUUUGCUCAAGUUCUAUGAAUUUCCAUGUAAAUAGAUAGAGAUCAUUUAUUGUUGUCUGAUAUAAAUGUUAAAAUCUUUGUUUUGAUU